AGUCAAACGCACAAGUAUACAGCACCAUGACUGAAGACCAAAAAGACGACCUUAAGAUCGAUUCUGGGGAGAACGAGCCGCCCAAAUUUGAUGACAUACUUGAGAUCAUCGGUGGAUUUGGAAAAUGGCAGAAGAUAUUAUUUGUCUGGGCUCCGCUGAUAGGCGUUAUGACAGGUGCGCAUACCAUAGCACAGGUCUUCUUUGCAGGAGAGUCCGAUCACUGGUGCCGCGUGCCCAAAUGGGACCAUGCCAAUUGCACCGCCAACGGCCAGCCUGAUGACUGGGGGUGUCUGCUGGCCAAACGUGAUGCCUCCAUCCCGUUCCAAAUACAAGGCGGUAAAAAGGUGUAUGACAGCUGCAAAAUGUACGACGUGCUGAAUGUAGACUUUACUGUGGGAAUGAACACUUCCGAUUACAGCAAUGUUACCAUCAAGUGCCCAACUGCGGAGGCUGGUUCCCAUGCCUGGGAGUAUGACACAAGACAAUACAAGACCACCAUAAUAACCGAGUUUGAUCUUGUGUGUGAUGAUAGAGGAACUCCAAGCAUCCUCCAAUCUGUCUACUUCGGUGGUUUACUGGUCGGCUCACUUUUCUUCGGAUCACUUGCAGACUUCAUCGGCCGCAAGCCGGCGACCUACCUCGCUUCUGCAUUGCUGCUCUUAAUGUCUUUGGGCAACAUCUUCUCCCCGAGUAUUGUCGUCUAUGCGAUUCUUCGAUUCUUCGUAGCCGCCGGUGCUAUGGGUGCUUUUAUCUGUGUGUUUGUCCUAGUAAAUGAGUUCCUCAGCCCGAAUCGACGUGUGUUAGUGGGAAUUUCCUUCCAGGGAUUCUUCGCAGCUGGUUUGACGAUCGUUCCCUUGCUGGCCUAUUUCAUCCGUUACUGGCGUUUCCUACAGCUUUGUAUUGCACUACCAACUGCCCUGUAUAUUCUCAUGUACUUUCAAAUGCCUGAAUCCGCCCGUUGGCAGAUAACCAAAGGGAGAUACAGUCAAGCAGAGAAGACACUCCGCCAGGUCGCAGCACGAAACAAGAAAGACUUUCCCGAGGAGAUGUUCAGUCCAGAGGCCAUUAGUGCCGCCCAGGAGACGCAAUCUAAAGGCCAAUCAACGGCAGUGGGGCUAUUCCGAACUCCAAACAUGCGCAUCAAAACAUUGAAUAUAAUGUUCAAUUGGUUUGUCAAUAGCAUGGUAUAUUACGGGCUAAACCUCAGCACUUCAGACCUCGGCGUGGAUGACUACCUCGCGGCAGUCAUCUCGGGAUUGGUUGAAUUCCCAAGUUAUGUGUUCUGUGUCAUUGCGCUUCAGUACGUGGGCCGUAGAAUCAACCUGGGCGGCAACUUGUUGGUCGGAGGCGUAGCUUGCAUCAUCACUGCUUUUCUAGAUGCAGGAAAUGCUCGCCUGGCGAUUGCCAUGAUUGGAAAGUUUUGUAUUUCUGCAUCGUUUGCUAUAAUAUACGUAGUGUCUGGAGAAAUCUACCCAACAUCAGUAAGAAGUGCUGGAUUAGGAAUAUCUUCGGCGUCAGCACGAUUUGCCGGUAUUCUAUCGCCAUUCAUCCUGGAUUUGAAGGAAUUUUGGAGUCCUUUGCCGUUCGUUGUGUUUGGAUCUUUAUCUGUGGCGGCCGGACUUCUUUCGUUUCUUCUUCCUGAGACAAAAGAUAAGAAACUGCCGGAGACGUUGGAGGAGGGGGAGGCCUUUGGAAAGUGCAAGUGCCUGGGAUAUAACAAAGAGGAUGACGCUUUUCCUACCAUGGCAAUCAUCGACAUGACUGAGCUCGACACUAAACAAGAAGUACACAAUUACGCCUUUGACAACAAAGAAAGUAAACCAAAAGAUACAGAUGAAAAAUAAGUUGUGAUUUGUCUCUUUAUACACCGUCCAUCAAUGGUCGGAAACACCAGCUGAAAAAUAAAUACAAUCGAAGAUGAUCAGAAAACGGGGAGAUCGCUAUUUGUACAUAACACAGAUGGCUUGAUUAUGGACUAAGCUAUAUCUUCAAUAAGGUUUGUUAUACCUCUGUCUUGAAUACUGUAGUUUCAUCGGCCUAGAACGAU